AAAUUGAGGUCACCAGCCAUGAGAACUGCUCGCACAGUGUAAGACACAGCACAGCACAAGAGGCACAUUGUUCAUAUUGAUCUAAUAUGCUUGCCGAAUUGCUUUUAUUAAUGGUUUAUGUUGGUGUUGGUCAGUUAAUAUUUUAUCUUAUUCGAAGAGCUUGUUGGAAAGCGUAUUGUUUUAUAAGGAGGCAAAUUUUUCCGGGCAAUCCAUUAGAAAUCCUUCAACUCCCACAUCGCGCGUUUCGAGAAGUUGUGCUUCAAAUGAAUCUUCUCGAAGUGUUGGCACUAUCUUUUACCUCUAAGAAAUCAUUACUCAAAGUGCAGCAAGUGGAGCGUAAACUUUACAGACUGAUGAUACAAAACUGUCAACUGUAUUAUCACGGUAGAAGAUCAUUAUUUGAAAAGAUAAACUUUUUUCUAAGAAUGCGAUGUGUUCAUAAACCUCGAAAAAUUAUUGCUCUGGACAGUGAACACAAUUUGAAACAGUAUCUGAAACGUUUGGAACGUCAGACAGGAGACACGUCUCAUUGGAUGAUCAACCCAAUAAGUGUUUGGGAGUUAUUUUUCUCAAUUUUCGAACUGCAGUCUUUCGGAAUAGAAUGUAUUCAGUACAGAAAGAAAUAUCAGCUCAUAGCCACAAUGGAUUAUUUUUUCAAACUAUUUUCUAUUCAACAGCUUCACCUUCAUUUUGAUUAUGAUCUAAUUUCUGAUGAAUCCUUUGCCGAUCAUCCAUUGUUUCGUGAAUGUCACUAUCUAGAGAUUCAUGGAAAAAACAAUGCACUUUCCAACCAAGAUAUGAUCACUUUAAAUCACCGAUUUCCAUUAAAAAGUGUAUUUCAUGCAUGGUGUGAGCUGGCAGAUGAUUUCGAUUACCAACUUCUCCGAAAUAUUCCGCGACUGAAAGUGGUCUACGGCGAGAAAAUAACCAUACAAGAUUUGAUGAACAUGGAAUGCGAAGAAAUCCAUCUAUGGUUGAACAAAUUGACAUUACGAGAUAUUAAUAUGUUCAUUCGUCACUGGUUAGCUGGCAAUCUGCCAAACUUCCGAAUUCUACAACUCCAUGCCUUUGAAAGUGCACUACCUUGGGGAGAAGCAUUAAAUGGUAUUAAUGACAAAGUGAGGAACCUGACUCGCCAGCCGAGAAUAUAUAAAAGCGAUCAGUACGAUUUGGAUUGCACAAAAAGAGUGGAUGUUGUUAGGGACGAUGGAAGGAUUUCUACCCUAUGUUCAAUGGAUUUCUCCUUAUAUUUUGUUGUUUGGAACGAGGAUGUUCAAAAUUAAAUAUUAACUUGUAUUUCAAUUACUCUUGUUCAAACUUUAAAUUAUUUUUAAAGCAUACGUUUUAAAUUGAAUUUUGAAAUAAAACAAAUAUCAAAU